AAAAAAAGACAUUUCUAAGAAAUGAAAUGAAAUACUAUUGCCUUUGCACUCAGUCUCUGUCUCUGAUUCUCUGAUAGAAAACUUUUGAAGAAAAAAGAUAAAAUCUUUGAAGAGUUCUAUACUUGGAAGGCAUAGUGACAUAAACACUUCUGAACAUCCUGUUCUCUGUGUGAAAGAAGUGAACUUCUAUACCCUUUGCCUUUGAGGGAAUAAUUGCUACUGGGUUGGUGGGCACACACAGUUGAAGAUAUGUGAACCACUGGACUUUGGCCUCUCAUACAAACUGCCUAAGAGAAGAGAUUAUUUAUACUGGUAUUAAUGCUCUGAUGAAAACAGGUCAUUUGACAUAAACACUUACUUGUUAAAAACCUAUAUCACUACAUCUAACUUUGUUUUCUGAAACUUUUAGUACUUCAAAUUCUACAUAUAUCUUUUCUCAUUACAAUGCCAACAGUUUAAUUUGCAACUGUAAUAUAUGUUCAUUUUAGUUUGUGAUUACCUGCUUAAUCAUUUAAAUAGGUCCAUUUAACUUGUAUCCCUGUAAGAUAAAGUAUGUUUUACACAAAAAGGUUCAUUAAGGCUCAGUAAAACUAUUCUAGAAGAGUACUUUAAAAACCUCUUACACAAUCCUAAGCUAAAUAAGUUUAAUGAAUUAAGUAGUUAAAAUUAUAAAGCUUCAGAGUGAAUUAUCUCAUGAAGAGUUUAUUUAAUAUAAUCUUUGUAUGAAUGUAUACUAAACAAAAUUGGACUAUUCAAAUCACAAUUUUAAAUUAUAAGACUUUUCUGAAUAUACCUAGACACUCAUAUGACCUAAAAUAAGUAUUACUUACCUUUUAUUAAAGUAUGUACAUUUCUGUUGGGAAAACGUGUUGCAAAUAUAUAUUUAAUCAAACAUUAUCGUGAAAUAUUUACAAUAUUUUCACUCCACUUUAUCACACCUCCCGUAAGAAACCUACAUAUAGUAAAUUAUUUAAAGAUAGGAGUGGAGAAACCAAAGAAUCUAUGUAAAAUAUAAUAAUCCAACAGAAUAGAGUUUACUUUCCAUUGCAUGUAUCACUUGGGUGCAGUAACUUCUUAGGACUCUGAGCGCCGCUGUUCACCUGCUAGGAGAGAAAACGCAGCCAGAGCUCAAUCCGGAUUCUCAGGGCUUCAACUACACAAGCCCCACAAACCGGCUGCUGGGCUGCAGGGAAGCUCACUCCAGAAUUUAAAGUGCCCAGGCUACGGAGACACCUUGAAGCCACAGAAAGACAAAGGAACCGGUUGAAACACAUAACGUGUCCAGUGAGGACUUUGCAGAAUUCUGUAACCAGACUACAAUGGCCGCUCAAAGGAAUCGCUCAAAGGAAUCAAAGGAUUGCAGCGGGCUGGUCCUGCUCUGCCUUUUCUUCGGGAUUCCAUGGGAGGCUGGAGCCCGGCAGAUCUCCUACUCAAUUCCUGAGGAAUUAGAGAAAGGCUCUUUCGUGGGCAACAUCUCCAAGGACUUGGGGCUGGCGCCCCGGGAGCUGGCAGAGCGCGGAGUCCGCAUAGUCUCCAGAGGUAGGACGCAGCUUUUCUCUCUGAACCUGCGCAGCGGCAGCUUGGUCACCGCGGGCAGGAUAGACCGGGAGGAGCUCUGCGCUCAGAGCGCGCGGUGCCUGGUGAGUUUUAAUAUCCUUGUGGAAGACAGGGUGAAACUUUUGGGGAUAGAAAUAGAAGUAACUGAUAUCAAUGACAAUGCUCCAAAAUUCCAAGCAGAAAAUCUAGACGUAAAAAUUAAUGAAAAUGUCGCUACGGGAAUGCGUUUUCCUCUCCCGGAAGCUAUUGAUCCGGAUGUGGGCGUGAACUCCCUGCAGAGCUAUCAGCUCAGCCCCAAUAAGCACUUCUCACUAAGAGUUCAGAGCCGUGCCAAUGGCGUCAAGUACCCGGAGCUGGUACUGGAGCACUCCCUAGAUCGCGAGGAAGAGGCCAUUCACCACCUGAUCCUCACCGCCUCCGACGGGGGUGACCCUCUCCGAUCUGGCACUGUCCUUGUCAGUGUGACUGUCUUCGAUACAAAUGACAACGCGCCGGUCUUCACCUUGCCAGAAUACCGAGUGAGUGUUCCUGAGAAUUUGCCUGUGGGCACUCAGCUGCUGACAGUCACAGCCACCGACAGGGACGAAGGUGCCAAUGGAGAAGUGACAUAUUCAUUCCGAAAAUUACCUGACACGCAAUUGUUGAAGUUCCAACUAAACAAAUAUACUGGAGAAAUAAAAAUAUCAGAAAAUCUAGAUUAUGAAGAAACCGGUUUCUAUGAAAUAGAAAUACAAGCAGAAGAUGGAGGAGCAUAUCUUGCAACUGCAAAAGUGUUGAUUACAGUAGAAGAUGUAAAUGACAACAGUCCAGAGGUGACCAUCACGUCUCUAUUUAGUCCAGUGACUGAAGAUUCACCUCUGGGAACAGUCGUAGCCCUUUUAAAUGUGCAUGAUUUAGACUCUGAGCAGAAUGGACAGGUAACCUGUUCCAUUUUGGCCUAUCUACCAUUUAAAUUAGAAAAGUCCAUUGAUAGUUAUUACAGAUUGGUGAUACACAGAGCCCUGGACAGGGAACAGGUAUCCUCUUACAAUAUCACAGUAACAGCCACAGAUGGGGGAAGUCCACCUCUAUCAACAGAAGCUCACUUUACGCUACAAGUGGCAGAUAUCAAUGACAACCCACCUACCUUCUCUCAAGUCUCCUACUUUACCUAUAUCCCAGAGAACAACGCCAGGGGUGCCUCCAUCUUCUCAGUGACAGCGCUGGACCCGGACAGCAAAGAGAAUGCCCGGAUUAUUUAUUCCCUGGCUGAAGACACCAUCCAGGGGGCACCUCUGUCCUCAUACAUAUCCAUCAACUCAGACACUGGCGUCCUGUAUGCACUCAGAUCCUUCGACUAUGAGCAGUUUCAUGAGCUACAGAUGCAGGUGACAGCCAGCGACAGCGGGGAUCCUCCACUCAGCAGCAACGUGUCGUUGAGCCUGUUUGUGCUGGACCAGAACGACAAUGCGCCCGAGAUCCUGUACCCCGCCCUCCCCACAGACGGUUCCACAGGCGUGGAGCUGGCGCCCCGCUCCGCAGAGCCCGGCUACCUGGUGACCAAGGUGGUGGCGGUGGACAGAGACUCGGGCCAGAACGCCUGGCUGUCCUACCGUCUGCUCAAGGCCAGCGAGCCGGGACUCUUCGCGGUGGGGGAGCACACAGGCGAGGUGCGCACGGCGCGGGCCCUGCUGGACAGAGACGCGCUCAAGCAGAGCCUCGUAGUGGCCGUCCAGGACCACGGCCAGCCCCCUCUCUCCGCCACUGUCACGCUCACCGUGGCCGUGGCCGACAGCAUCCCCCAAGUCCUGGCGGACCUCGGCAGCCUCGAGUCUCCAGCUAACUCUGAAACCUCAGACCUCACUCUGUACCUGGUGGUAGCGGUGGCCGCGGUCUCCUGCGUCUUCCUGGCCUUCGUCAUUGUGCUGCUGGCGCUCAGGCUGCGGCGCUGGCACGAGUCACGCCUGCUGCAGGCUUCAGGAGGCGGCGUGACAGGAGCGCCGGCGUCGCACUUUGUGGGCGUGGACGGGGUGCGGGCUUUCCUGCAGACCUAUUCCCACGAGGUCUCCCUCACCGCGGACUCGCGAAAGAGUCACCUGAUCUUCCCCCAGCCCAAUUAUGCGGACACGCUCAUCAGCCAGGAGAGCUGUGAGAAAAAGAAUCCUUUGUCUUUGUUAGAUGAUUCGAAGUUUCCUAUAGAGGAUACCCCAUUGGUUCCAGUGAGUUUUUUUUUUUUUUUUUUGACUUUCCGGUAAAAUUCACCUAGUCUCAAUCAAGGCCUAUAUGUCAUAAGGCUUUGGCUUUGUUAUGAUUAGCUUUGCAGAACCUUGUAGUUUAUAGUGUUGUUGAGUACAAUAUUGACAAUUCUUAAGACAGACUUCCAUACAGAAGUGCCUGUCAAUUUAUAUUUCCUCCUGGGUGGUCACAUAUUGAAACUCCAGCCCCUUAAGCAACCCUCUUGUUCUGAAGGCAGAUCUGGUAAGAAUAGGUAAGUAUCAGAAAGAAAUGGCCUCUGGAAACACAACUCAUAUCCAAGAAUACUCAAUGCAGUUCUUCCCAAGGAGAAGGGCAAUAGGCCUUUUUCGAACUACAUUUUAUAUAUUUUUCAAUCUAUACUUUGUGGUGAUAGUUGCAGUUGAAUAUACUAAGUUUUUCAUUAAUAUUGAAUUAACAAUUUAUUUACAACAAUGUAUGCUUAGGUUUUUCCAGCCUUAUUUAUACCUAAUAACACUGCAGCAUCCUUUUUGCAUACAAUUCUCUAAUUUCACACUGCUAUGUGGAAGAUAUAGCAUUUUAAUUUAACUUUCAUUGCUCAAUAGGGAUCCUGAGGAGGCCAUAGAGGGUGAAAUUAAGAACAUUUGGGAUUCUGCUUUUGUCUUUUUUGUUAAAUUUUCUAAUGACUAAGGCUGAAAGUAAAUAUGGGUUGGGAAGACAGAUAAAUUUGUACAUGUUCCCGAGAACAGGAGCAAGAGAUAUAUGACAAAGCUAUUUCAGUGGCUCUUUAAUGUAUAAGGAGGCAAACACUUGAAACUCUGAAAACUCUGAAAUUGAGAGGCAAAAUAAAGUCAAGAAAGAAAUGCCAUUUCUGCAGAUCAGAAUAUAAGCACCAACCACAGCUGUAAAAAAGAAAAGAAUCUAUGCAACGAAGUAAGGGAAAUUAUAUAAACAAAGGAUCAUUGGAGGUACUGAUGAGUUCAUUUAGUUCAAUGAAAAUAGUGACGUAUUAGGUAGAUCUCUUAAUUUUAUUACUAGCAUUCUACUAAAUGUGGUAGUAUAAAGUCAAAAGGCAUUCCGAAGUUUCUCAAGACCCUUAUAAUUCCGUGGCUUUUUUCAGGUCAGUCAACAUUUGUUCAAUGAUAGGUCUGUGGAAGGAAAGCACACUCUUUAGGGUCAUAGUUAUUAACUAUUAAACCAUUGAAACUAUUAUUUUAUAUUUGUGGUAAUGAGAGUCAAAAUUAUUGUGCAUUCAUCUCAAAUAAUUCUAUUAUUUUGAAAAAUACAGGUUUUUCUAAAAAAACUACUCUUGACAUUGUAGCUAUUGUGAGAAAAUAUUUUUAAAUAUAAUUAUCUAAAAGCAAUACAGGACACCCUGGAUGAUGGUAAUGACUAGGGCAAUGGUUGCAUUCCAGUACUUAAGUAUGAAAUAAGGAAUUAUUACUUUCUCGGUGAAUAUAGGCUAGAAUUGAAGACAAAAAAUUUGUUGCUUAUCUUCAGUAUUUCCAGCUUCAUAGAUAAUUACUCUUAAAAGGAACAAGAAUGACUGCCUCUGGAUGGAGGAAGUGGAUAGCAAUGGGCCGUGGGAUAGGAGACCUAUAAACCUUCAUGCCAUAUUCUUUUGUGCCUUUUUAAAUUUUGAAGAAAAAAUAUUCAUUUAUUCAAGAUAUAUGUAAAUUCAGUAAAUAAAAAGAUAUGAUAGUUAUGACCACGUGGAAAUAUAUUUCCUGAUGUAAAGGAGUCACUGAGGAAAAAGAUUAAAAUAUUUUGGCUGUCAACUCGUAGUUAAAAAAAUUCCUUGAAAGAGAUAAAGUCAAGCUGCAGUCCCACACAGAGCCUCUGGGCGCCGCCGUCGGCCAGUGCAGAGCAAGCGCUGACGCCGGGGAUCCCUCAGCCUCUAGCCUGGGAUGCCCUAGGCAGCCAACAACAGAAAGAAGAAAACCAGCUCCCACACAGAGGCUCCCGGCUGCGCAGACCUUGCUCACCACACCGGAUUCCCAGCUCCGAGACCCGGGACGACUCCUGUCCUGGGCCGAAUGCUCUUUUAGCGCGGUAGAGUGCACUUUCUCCAACUGGAAAGGCGGGGACCCAGCGAGAACCCGAGCGAACGAUGGGAGGGAGCUGCGCGCAGAGGCGCCGGGCCGGCCCGCGGCAGGUACUAUUUCCUUUGCUGCUGCCUUUGUUCUACCCCACGUUGUGUGAGCCGAUCCGCUACUCGAUUCCGGAGGAGCUGGCCAAGGGCUCGGUGGUGGGGAACCUCGCUAAGGAUCUAGGGCUCAGUGUCCUGGAUGUGUCGGCUCGCAAGCUGCGAGUUAGCGCGGAGAAGCUGCACUUCAGCGUAGACGCGGAGAGCGGGGACUUACUUGUGAAGGACCGAAUAGACCGUGAGCAAAUAUGCAAAGAGAGAAGAAGAUGUGAGUUGCAAUUGGAAGCUGUGGUGGAAAAUCCUUUAAAUAUUUUUCUUAUCAUUGUGGUGAUUGAGGAUGUUAAUGACCACGCCCCUCAAUUCCAGAAAGAUGAAAUAAACUUAGAAAUCAGUGAAUCCGUCAGCCCGGGGAUGGGAACAAUUCUUGAGUCUGCAGAAGAUCCUGAUAUUAGUAUGAAUUCGCUGAGCAAAUACCAACUAAGUCCUAACGAGUAUUUCUCAUUGGUGGAGAAAGACAAUCCUGAUGGUGGCAAAUAUCCAGAAUUAGUAUUGCAGAAGACUCUGGACCGAGAAACGCAGAGCGCUCACCACUUGGUACUGACCGCCUUAGAUGGUGGGGACCCUCCCCGAAGCGGUACUGCUCAGAUAAGAAUCCUGGUAAUAGAUGCCAAUGACAACCCCCCAGUGUUCAGCCAGGACGUGUACAGGGUCAGCCUUCGGGAAGACGUGCCUCCAGGCACCUCCAUCCUGAGAGUGAAGGCCACUGACCAGGACGAGGGCAUCAACUCAGAGAUCACUUAUUCCUUCCUUGGUGUGGCUGACAAAGCUCAGCACGUGUUCUCUCUGGAUUACACUACAGGAAACAUUCUAACUCAGCAGCCUUUGGAUUUUGAAGAAGUAGAAAGAUAUACGAUGAAUAUAGAAGCAAAAGACCGAGGAUCUCUCUCAACACGGUGUAAAGUAAUUAUAGAAGUUCUAGACGAAAACGACAACAGCCCAGAAAUAAUCAUCACGUCACUCUCUGAUCAGAUUAUGGAGGAUUCCCCUUCAGGAGUGGUUGUUGCCCUCUUCAAAACACGGGACCGAGACUCAGGGGAAAAUGGGGAAGUCAGGUGUAGUUUAAGUAGAGGUGUUCCAUUUAAGAUUCAUUCUUCUUCUAAUAAUUACUACAAGCUAGUAACAGAUGAGGCCCUGGAUAGGGAGCAGACCCCAGAGUACAACGUCACCAUCGCAGCCACCGACAGGGGCAAGCCUCCGCUAUCCUCCAG